AUGGCGCACGUCGUCGGAUCCGAUCGCCGCGACGACAGUCGUCGAUUCGCCUCUGCGAUUCAUUUACGAGCUGUGCUGGACGGUGGUGAGUGCUGGACGGUGGUGCACGGCGACCUGCCACCCGCGCGGAUCCCAGCCGCGCUGCAGUCCGCAGGCCUUCCCCUUCCGCCCUCUGCCUCCCUCGACGCGGGCGCAGGAACUGCCGCGGACCAGCGUGCGGCGGAUGAGCAGUCCCCGCCUGCCCCAGAUGUGCCCUCCCUCCUGGCCGACACUGUGGCUCAGCUGGCGUUCGAGGUGUCUGGCCAGACUGACCUGCGUCGACGACUGGUGGAGCUGACCAAGUGGCUGGCGUCCAAUGGGGUCGUGACACCUCGCAUGCUGCAAGAUCGCUGUGAGGAGGAGCUGCUGUGGGAGGCGGAGCUGAUCAAGAUGGAGCCCUCGGAGCUCAAGAAGAAAUGUGUGCGAGUGAACACACGACUUGUGUACACACAGACCAAGUUCAACCUGCUCCGAGAGGACUCCGAGGGAUAUGCAAAACUGAUCACCAUACUGAGUCAGAAGGGCCCUCUAGGACUCAACUCACGAUCAGCCAGUGCUGUGGUGGAUGCUGUAAAGUCUCUCAUCGGCCUCUUUGACCUGGACCCGAACCGGGUGUUUGACAUUGUGCUCGACUGCUACGAGAUGCACCCCACCAACUCUGCCUUCCUCCACCUCGUCAAGCUCUUCCCUGAGGUGCGUGCUGGUGGUGGAUGCUGUGCGGUGCAGUGCUGUGGGGGCCUGUGCUGCGUGGUGCUGUGCGUGCGGUCUCUUGCAGUGACAUUUAUGCAAACAUUUAUGUGGCUCCUCGACCAUCGCUGUUUCAGUCGGCUUCCACCUCCCGGUCCCUCCCUCCUGAUCAUCCUGCAGUCGCACGCGCCUCAGAUCCUGGGGUUCAAGUCGCACGCGCCCCAGAUUCUCGGGUUCAAGAUCCUGGGGUUCAAGUUCAGCCACUACCACCGCCUCACCGCCACUGCUGCCGCCGCUGCUGCUGCUGCUGCUGCUGCUGCAGGAAGCAAAGGGGGGAAGGAGGGCGGGGGGAACAGCAAGGGAGAGGGUGCAGGGAGGGAGAAAGGAAGUGCAGUAAAAGCGGGGGCAGGGGGAGCAGGUGGUGAUGGCGAGGGAGGAGAGAAGGGGGAGGGUGGCAGUGGGGCGGAGGGGCGGAUACCAGACAGCCUGUUUGUGUUGGCAGCUAACUGCCUCAAGAGCAACGUGGUGCAGCUCGCUGCCUUGUACCCGUUCUUGGACCCGCCAGACGAGGAGGCAGAGGCACGCAGCAAGGAGAUGAACGCACAGAGAAUAGCGGAUUUGUGCACUGCUUGUCUGCUAUUCGUGCACUGCUUGUCUGCUAGUUGUGCACUGCUUGUCUGCCUGCCCUCCGCACUCUGCUCUGCUCACUCGCCGCUGCCUUCCCCCUAUGCCAGCCCCCCUUAUGCCACCUCCCCGUUCGCUACCCCCCCUAUCCCCACAUCUCCACUUUCCACCUUUUGUCGCGUCCUCCCUUCUCCACCCCACACGCCACCCCCUGCCCACAUCACCAUCUGCUCGCACCCUCAUUUCUUUGCGUUCUCCAUCUCCCCUCCCCUCUCUCCCGCAGGUGAACCGCAUAGGAAAGAUCAACCUGGCAGCGACGGGGAGGGACUUGACAGACGACCCGUAGCCAGCAGACGUGUUGAUCAACCUGUACGGGGCAGUGGACGGGCAGGAGAGCGCUGCUCCUUUUCAAACACCCGCUUUUCUCCCCUCCCCCCUCGCCCCUCUCCUUUUUUUUUGCGGCCGAAUCGUCCCCCAUUCUCCCCCGUUCCCCUGCAUUCCGCUCCCCCCCAGGUGAACCGCAUAGGAAAGAUCAACCUAGCAGCGACGGGGCGGGACCUGACAGACGACCCGCAGCCAGCAGACGUGACGAUCGACCUGUACGGGGCGGUGGACGGGCAGGAGAGCGCUGCUGCCAAGGAGUGGGGCGAGGCGGAGGGCAACGAUAAGAUGCGCCUGCUCAAGGCGCUGCUGCUGGUGGAUGACUGGCCCCAUGCGCGGCAGCUGCUGGAGCACCUGAGGCUGCUGCACCCCGUCGCCCACCCGCCCAUCUGCACCGCGCUCUGCUCGUAUGUCUCCACCGCCCCCGUGCCCUGUGCGCUCAUGUGUGACACCAUUCUGCUGCAGAAGCUGUGCAAGGUGCUCAAGGCGGACCUCCUCCAAGCCCGUGCCGCCGCUGCAACUGCUGCCGCCGCUGCCGCCACAGCCGCUGCAUCAGCUGCCUCCUCCGCUCCUGCAACUCACUGUAACGGCCUUUCUCUUGCCGUGCUCACACCACCACCUGCAGCAGCAGCCAACGGCCCCAUUUCUGCUGAACCCGGCUCUUCGCUCGCUUCCCCUGACACCGCUGCUGCUGCUACUACUGCAACACCAGCAGCAGCAGCAGCAGCCGCUGCAGCAGAGGCAGCAGCAGCGGCAGCAAGGGAGGUGGAGGGGGGGGUGGUGGAAGCACUAGAGGCGUCGCUGCUGCCGGCGCUGCAGGCGGUGGUGGCGAGUCCGCCGGUGUGCAUGCAGCUGUGGGAGGUGCUGGCCUACCUGCCCUUCCAGGAGCGCUACCGGCUGUAUGGCGAGUGGGAGAAGGAGACCGAGACCAACCCUUUGGUUCUGGCUGCCCGGCAGAUUGCACGGGUGAGUCAGUCAGGGGGUGGAAAGGGUGCUGAGAAGUCCAGUAGCACUAGAUCCUCUGCUGGUGGCGAGUCCGCCGGUGUGCAUGCAGCUGUGGGAGGUGCUGGCCGGCCUGCCCUUCCAGGAGCACUACCGGCUGUACGGCGAGUGGGAGCGGGACAACGAGACCAACCCCCUGGUGCUUGCUGCCCGGCAGAUUGCCAGGCUGGGCAUGCGCUGGACACGCGGAGAACACUGAAGCGGCUGGCGAAGGAGAAUCUGAAGCCAACGGGGCGCAUGGUGGCGAAGCUGGCUCACUCCAACCCGCUCACCGUGCUGAGGACCAUCGUGGUGCAGGUGGAGGCAUACAAGGAAAUGAUUCCGCCUGUCGUUGAUGCCUUCAAAUACUUCAACCAGUUGGAGUUUGACAUUCUCGAGUACGUGGUGAUAGAGCGACUGGCCCUGCCGCGCAGCACCAUCAAGGAGGACGGGCUCAACAUCGCCGACUGGCUGCAGUGCCUCGCCUCCUUCUGGGGCUCCGUCUGCAAGAAGUACCCUCUGGUGGAGCUGCGGGGGCUCUUAAGCUACUUAGUGAACCGGCUGCACCAAGGCGAGGCAGUGGAGCUGGUGUUGCUGCAGGAGCUGAUGGAGCAGAUGGCUGGCAUAGAGUCGAAUGAGAACCUCACGGAGGAGCAGCUCGAGGCGCUGGCUGGCGGGGAGACGCUCAGGCAGUUGACCGCCAGCUUUGGCCAGGCCAAGAACAACAAGGCCAUGGCGCGGUCCAUGGGGCGGCUCAAGGAUGCGCUGCUGCCGGGCAAGGGCGAGCCGAAUCUCGCCGUGCCACUGCUGGUGCUCAUUGCACGGCAACGAUCCAAGCCCAACCCUCUCUUCGUUCUAUCUCCCUUUCUCUCCCAGCCCCAAGCAUUCCGUUUGAGGCAGAGCAAUCGCACAGUAGUCACGCUGUUGGUUAAGUCCCUUCCUCCUUUCCUCUCGCCAUUUUCCACCCUUCUCCACCCUUCUCCACCCUCUCCCAGCAUUGUGUUUGAGGCGGAGGGGUCACACAUCAAGCUACUCAGCGAGCACUUCGACCGAUGCCACCUCAUCAUGCUACAGUACGCGCAGUUCCUCUCCGCCGCCCUCUCGCCGCCCACCUCGUACGCCGCCUUCAUGCCGACCCUGCACACUCUCUCGCAGUGCUUCCACAUGCCGCCCGAAGCCGCCUUCCUGUUCUACCGCCCUGUGUUGCGUCUCUUCAAGCCCUGCCCUGAUUCCCCCGUGUCCUGGCCUGCUCUCGCUGCUGCGAGUGGUGCGGGCGGGAGUGGUGGGGGUGGUGGGAGGGGAGGGGAGAAGGAGAAGAGGCAGCAGCAGCAGGGGGGGAGGAAGGGGGCAGGGGAUGGGGUGGCAAUGGAUGGGGUGGUGGAGGAUGGGGUGGAGGGGGAGGGGGAUGGGGAAUCAGAGGAGGACUUGGUGCUGUGCCUGGGAGAUGCGGCAGCUACAACUGCAACUGCUGCUACUGCUGCUGCUGCUGUUUCCACUAGUGCUGCUGCUGCGGCUGCUGCUGCGGCUGGCGCCGAUGCCACUGACAGCCCCGUGCACUGGCGGGACGUGGUGGAGUGGGUCCGAAACAUGCCGCCCGCAGCAGCGUGGCGGGGCUUGUCGCCGCCCUUCUAUCUGCUCUUCUGGGGGCUCUCCCUCUGCGACCUGCAUGUGCCACGGCAGCGCUACGAGGCCGAGAUGGCCAAGCAGAGAGCGCUGCUGAGGUCGCUUGAAGAUGUUGGGGACUCCUCAGGCUCAGCCAUCCAGAAGCGCAAGAAGGAGAAGGAGCGAGUGCAGGAGGUGUUGGAUCGGCUCUCAGCCGAGCUGGCUCGGCAGCAGGCUCGGGUCGAGGCUGUGCAGCGGCGGCUGGUUCGGGACCGGGCACGCUGGCUGAGCCCGGCUGCAGUGCCGGACAGCUGGCGCAUCGUGCCGUGCUUCCUACACCACUGCGUUAUCCCGCGCGUUCUUAUGAGCCCAGAGGAUGCAGUCUAUUGUGCCAAGUUCAUUCUGCGCAUGCACGCGGCGGCCACCCUGCAGUUCUGCACGUUUCAGAUGGUGGACGCCUUUGUGUGCAAGAGCUUCCACCCGCUGCUCGCCAGCUCCUCCGAGGCCGAGGCCGGCCGCCUGGGGCGCUUUGUGCUGGAGAUACUGCAGGCCAUCUACCGCUGGAAGAGCGAUGCAGCGGUGUACAACGCGGAGUGUCUGGACCACCCCGGGUCAUCCAAGAGUGUGAUGAAGAAACCCAACAACAACAUGACGCUCGACCAGUUCCGCACUAUCAACUGGAAGUGGAACGCGAAGCUAGUGAAGGUGCUAUCCACGCUCCUCGAGUCCACCGAGUACAUGCACAUCCGCAACGCCCUCACGCUGCUCUCGCGCGUCUCCGCCGUCUUCCCCGUCACCAAGCGCGGGGGGCUCGUGCUCGAGCGCAAGGUGAAUCGCCUUAAAGCGGAGGAGCGGCAGGAUCUGAAGCUCAUGGCCACCAGCGUGUCGGCUGCACUCAACGCCAAGAAGCAAUCGUGGGUGACGGAUGAGGAGUUUGGGGGAGCACCGGCUCCCUCCACCACUCCCCGCGCUGCCUCCCCUGCCCCUCUUGCUGCUGCUCCUGCUGCCCCCACGACGACCACCACUGCUGCUGCUCCUGCUGCUGCUGCAGCUGCUGCAUCGGCUGCUGCUCCUGCCACUGUCCCUGCUGCCAACGCUGCUGCUUCGGCUGCUGGUGGUGGUGGUGGUGGGAUUGGCAAAGGAGCUGCUGUUAUCCCUGCUGCUGCUGCUGCUCCCUUUGCUCCGUCUAGUCGCCACCCCACGCCCCCCCCUUCACGCCGUUCCUCCAUGCCUCCCCCUUCCCCCGAACGCCCCGCCUCCAAGUCUCCCCUGAUCCAUGGCGGAAUGGGGGGACGGGAGGGGGAAGCGGGAGAGGGGAGAGAUGGGGAGAAGGAGAGAGGCAGGACAAUGGAAAAGGAACGAGAGAAAGUGAUGACUGUUAAGGGGGAAGAGGGUGGUGCUGUUGCUGGUGCUGCUGGUGGUUCGUCUUCCCGUGCUGCUGCUGCUGCUGCUGAAGUCCUUAUAAAGGAGGAGCCAGUAGCGAGGACAGUGGGGCAGAUGGAAGGGAAAAGGGAGGAUAGGUGGGAGGAGGGGGAGCAAGCACCACCUGCGAAGCACAGGAAGGUGGAAGGAGGAGAGGGAGAGGGAGGGGGACGGGGAGGAGGAGGAGAGGCUGGAAGAGGGGGAGUGAGGGCAGGCAGCAAACUAUCGCCUGAUGCUCCUCCCUUUGUGCCCGCUGCACUAAGAGGGGCAGGGGGUGGGACAGAAGGGGACAGGGGGAGGGAUGAAGAGAUGGAAACUAAGGGAGGGAGGAGAGUUGAGGAAGGGAGGGAGGGGAAAGAGAGGGAGAGGGAGAGGGAAAGGAGGGGGUCGGGUGGGGGUGGUAGGCACGAGGAAAGGGCAGGGAGGGAGAGAGGAGAGGAUGAGGAGAAAGGGUUUGAAUCAGACAAAGGAAAGGGUGGGAAGUUGGGUGUGGGGGGUGAGGGGUCAAACCACAGGGAUAGCGUGGGUGUGGGUGUGGGUGGGUCUAGUAGGAGAGUGUAUGAGGAGAAAGAGGAGCAUGAAGCAGGGGAGGUGAGGGGGGAGGGCAGAGGGGAGGGCAGGUGGGAGGGCAGGGGAGGGCAUAAGAGGGGGGGUGAUGGGGUGGAGAGAGAGGGGGUGAGAGAUUUGGGUGAGAGGGGGAAGAGAGGUGAGUGGGAGGAUGGGGAGCAGGAUGUGCGUAGUGGGAGGGAUGAGCGGAGUGCGAAGAUUGAGAAAGAGGAUAUGAAGAGUAGGGAGAGGGAGAGGGAGAGGGAGGAGAGGGAUAAAGAUAAGUCGCAUGUUUUGGAUAGAGAAAGGGAGGCGGAGGCAGGGAAGGGGAAGGAAAGAGAAGGCAGAGAUAGGGAGAGGGAGAGGGAGAGGGAGAGGGAGAGGGAGAGGGAGAGGGAGAGGGAGAGGGAGAGGGAGAGGGAGAGGGAGAGGGAGAGGGGGAAGGAGAGGGAGAGGGAGGACAAGGGACGGGACAGGGGACGAGGGGAGAGGGAGAAGGAUCGUGAAGUGGAGCGGGGGGAGGUGAAGGAAGGGCGGGAGAGGGACAAGGGACGUGAGAGGAACCAUGAGGAGGAAAGGGGGGAGAAGGAGAGGGAAAGGGAGAAGGAGAAGGAGAAGGAGAAGGAGAAGGAGAAGGAGAAGGAGAAGGAGAAGGAGAAGGAGAAGGAGAAGGAGAGGGAGCGAGUGCAGGAGGAGAAGAUGAGGGAGGAGAGGGAGAGGCUGAGGGCUAGGCUUGAGGAAGAUAUGAUGGUGAGAGAGAAGGAGAAGGAGAGGGAGAGGGAGAGAGAGAAGGAAAGGGAGAGGGAGAAGGAAAAGGAGAGGGAGAGGGAAAGGGAGAGGGAGCGGGGAGCGGGUAAGGAUAAGGGAAGGGAGCGAAGCAAGGCUGCUGCGGCGGCAGCUCUGGCUGCAGCUGCUGCGGCCACUGCUGGUCGGAGUGCUGGAGGGGGGUCGGGAGGAGGAGAUGGGGGUGGAGGAGGGGGGGGAAGUGGAGGAGAGAGAGGGCCUAGCAUGGCAGCCAGUCCUGCUAGAGUGACGGGAGGGGGAGCAGGAGGGGGAGGCGCAUCUGGUGUGAAGAGUCCAAAGGAAAUGGAAGGGGUGGAGGAGGGAGGGAGGGGUAGGGGAGGUAAGAGGAGUGUGAGCUCAUCAGAAGAAGGGGGAGGAGGGGCGGUGGCUGGGGGUGGUGGGGAACGGGGAGUUAAAAGAGCAAGGAGGAACGAUGGGGAGAUGGAGAGGGAGAGAGGCAGGGACGAGAAGGGGAGGGAGAGGGAGCGUGAGAGGGGAGAGGAGACUCCGAGGGCGCAUGAGCGGGAGGGGAGAGGGGAAGGGAGAGGAGGGGAGCGGGGGAGUGGGGGUCGGGGAGGGGAGAAGGGAGAGUGGAGUGAGAGAGGCAGUGUGGAGCGGGGGAGGGGGAGAGAGGUGGAGGAUACAGGCAUUGUGGGUGAUGGGCGUGGGGAUGUGCAUGAGUGGGGGGAGAGGGUUGGUGUGCGUGAGAAGGGUGUGUCUGAUCGCAAAGGGGACAGGGAGAGGGAGAAGGAGAGGGAAAGGGAGAAGGGGAGGGAGAGAGAGCGAGGGCAGGUUGAUAGCACCCCUGAGAGGGAGGUGAAGGAGGAGAGGGGUGGGGGGCGGGAGAGAGAAGCAGAGCACUUGAAGGAAAGGGACAGGGACUGGGACCAUGAGCGUUCAACUGUGAAGGAGAGACUGGGGGAGCGAGGGAGGGGUGGGAGGGAGAGGGGAGAGAGAGGAGAGAGGGUGGGUGGCAAGGAGGAGGAGCGGGGAGUGGAGCAGGAGCGUGUGUAUGAGAAGGAACGUGGGGAGAGGGAGCGUGUUGAGAAGGGUGAGAAGGAGCGUGGAAUCUUCCCCGAGCGGAGCAUUGAGAGGGGAGGGGGGAUUCGCGUGGUGGUGCGGGAAGUGGGCGAGGAGGGGAGGGAGGAGGGGCAUGCGCCGAGGCAUGGAGCAGGGCAGGGACUUCGUCACUCGCUUGUCGUUGGAGUAACUCCACCUGCCCCUGCUGGAAGACUCCUUCAUGAGCCGAUUUCUCCGCUUCCACCGCAGCCUCUCGCCCUGCCUGCUCAGCUCGCUCCUACCAGCUCCUCAGCUGCUCUCCCUGCAAAGCGCAGGAAGAUCAAGCGGGAUCAGAGCCUCAUGCAGCCGCAUGGGGAUGCUAUGCAUUCGCCAGGUGGUGCCGGGCCGCCUGUGGCUGGCAUUGCAGCAGGUGGGCCGACAUCCAUGCCCAUGCCGCUUGCUCCGCCAUUCCACUUGGGUGGGGUUCAUCCGUCGUCUCGGUCUCCUGCUGUGGUUAUGGCGGCUGGAGGUGGCCACCGUGGUGGGCCAAUGCUUCACGUGACUUCAACGCUUGAUGACCGUGCGGACAGACGGUGGAUUGCUGACGGUGGUGGUGGUGGUGGCGGAGGUGGGAGCAGGAGAAGUGGUGAGGUUGAGUUGCCGCCGCCUUCACGAGGGGCAGGGCCUGCUAGGAGCUCCAGACUUGCUGGCAGGCUUGGGGAGCAGGAUGUGGGAGGGAGCUACGAUCGUAGUGGUCCUGGUCAAGGAGGUGGAGUGCGAGAUGAGGCAUGGGACGGUGACAAGGCGCGACGGGAUGGUCGCAUGAGCAGCAGACGCCAUUGA